AUGGAACAAGUCGCGCACUGCUUUUACAACGCCCGUGUCCUCAGAAAUGAAAAACUGGUCUCCGAUGAGCUUUGGGUUAUUGGCAAGAAGAUUGUAACCCCCGAGAGAGGUCGAGAAGCGGCAAGAAUUGAUAGACAUAAUUGCUACAACAAAAUUAUUGCACCCGGCUUCAUCGACAUACAGGUGAAUGGGGCGUAUGGCGUGGAUUUUUCAGCGUCGGAUGAUUUAAAGUACGCCUUGGAUAAGUGUUCGCUGUUGAUAACUCAGACUGGGUGUACGUCGUACUGUCCUACGAUUAUUACUGCCACUCCGGAGGAGUAUAAGCAUCGGUUGCCGCAGAUUCCGUACCGCGAGGGUUCAGCAGCUAAUGGCGCAACGGUUUUGGGUGUGCAUACGGAAGGGCCGUUUAUUUCGAUGGAGAAGCGGGGUUGUCACCCACCGCAUCUGGUGCAGUCGAUUCCAGAAUGUGCGACGGUGGAGGAUGCGCAGAAGGUAUUAAAUAAAUGUUAUGGCGAAGACCGGAGUAACAUUGUAUUGUUAACAUUGGCCCCGGAACACCCGGGUGCGAUGAACGUUGUGAAGCAGCUGUCGAGCGAAGGCAUCGUAGUGUCACUGGGCCAUUCUACUUCCAACUAUGAGACAGGCGCCCGUGCUCUCGCACAGGGAGCUUCUUGUCUUACCCACCUCUUCUCCGCCAUGAACGCCUUCGGUCACAAAGAACCCGCUCUGCCCGGUCUCAUUUCGGCUAAGACACUCGAGAUGGACUGCGGGUCGAAUUACUGUCCAUCGACGUUGUACUAUGGCUUGAUUGCGGACUGCAUCCACACCCACCCGUAUUCGCUGCGCAUCGCAUACUGUCUCAACAGACACGGGUUGUGUUUGAUCACGGACGCAAUGGCGGCAUUGGGACUACCAGAUGGGAUGUACAAGUUGGGUGAAACUGAGGUCGAGGUAGGCGGCACGCCCCGUCGCGCUCUCAAAAAAGGCACUGACACACUAGCAGGAGUCGUCGCCUCUCUGGAUGAAUGUGUCCGUCUAUUCGCACGCGAAACACAAUGCGGCCUCGCCUACGCACUGACCGCUGCUUCCACUCAUCCUGCCGAAUGCCUCGGCAUCGACAAAUGGAAGGGACACCUCAACCCUGGUGCCGACGCUGAUCUCAUUGUACUAGACGACGACGUAAUCAUACACGAAACCUGGGUCAUGGGUGAACAAGUCUACGACUCUAAGUCCGGCAUGCACGCCGAUGUCCCCCGCGAAUUUGCAGCUAUGACACAUAUCGUGCCCGAAUCUCCCAGACCAUCCACCUACGAGUAA